AUGUAUUGGGCAAAGGAAACUAGAUAUGCCCCAAUAGCUGAUGCCAUGUCAAGAAAUCGAUAUAAACAACUACGCCACUUUUUGCAUGCAAAUGACAAUACAAAUAAAGAUGAUGUUGCUAAUAAAAACAAUAAACUGUUUAAGGUGCAACCAAUUCUUGAUGGUGCGAGGAAAAAUUGUAUACUUAUUGAACAUGAGGAAAAACAGAGUAUAGAUGAACAAAUAAUUCCUGCUAAAACCAAAUUUAGUGGCAUACGUCAAUACAAUGCAAACAAGCCAAUAAAAUGGGGGUUGAAAAAUUUUGUUAGAGCCGGUGCAUCUGGUAUGAUGUAUGACUUUUUUUUGUAUUCUGGAGCAUGUGGAAUUAUAAAAUGUAAUGGGGAAUAUGUUGUUAGAAAGCUUUGCGAAACGCUUUCAAAAAAUGUUAAUCGUAAACUGUUUUUUGACAAUUGGUUUACAUCUUUAAAUCUGUGUUUGAAGCUAAAAAUUGAUGGAAUUUUAACCACAGCAACAAUUAGAUCAAACAGAAUAAAAAAAUGUCCACUCUCAACAGAGAAAGAAUUUUAA